UACAUCCGUUCUAAUGGCGUCAGAGUUCGAGCACUGUUGUCACAUUUUGUCGUACAGUGUUUCAUUAUGUUGCUUUGUUUACAUUUACGUGUUUUCGCGUGAUAACGUGACAGAUUCGCCGGCAGAAUUGAAAAAUUUCUCCAGAAGGUGAGAUUGGACCGACCUAGAGGUCGGUCCUUAUACUCGAAUUUUUUUCUUUUUUAAUCGGAAAAAAAUUCUCUUCAUUGUAUAUAGUUAUAUACAUACACUUUAUAAAGAGAGUGACCUUGGAUUCCCUGUUGUGUUUGUGUGAUUGUGUGCGUAUACGUCAAUUUUGUGUGACAACCCGCCAAUUUUAAAUACCACCGAAAUUGAUGUGUAAUUUAAAUUAAACAAAAAAAAAAGAGGAGAAAUUAGGGGAAAAAACUGAGAAAGAAAAAAAAUCAUGGAAGUUACUCCUGAGGAAGAGGCGCAAGCUGUGCUCUUGGAGGGAGUGGAGGGUACGCAGUACAUAACAAUUCACAGGACUGACGGUGAAUCCUUAGGCAAGGGAAUUCCACUUUUUACAUUAAAUGGAGAAUUAAUUUCCGAGGGAAUGGUCGUCGAUAUGAUUAAUGCCGAUGUCACAGGAGAAUAUAACACUACCGCCCAGUAUUAUGAGACUGAAGAUCUUUUACCCCCAGUUAUGACCGAAGAGGAUCAAAGACUCACCGCCGCUUUAGUGGCUGUUCAAAUUCAACAUCAGCAGCAACAACAUCAACAGCAGCAACAUCAACAACAUCAACAGCAGCAACAACAACAGCAUCAAAAGCAAAUGCAAUCAAAUGCAAAUUCAGGCCUCGCUGAUGUUGUGGAGUUGCAAACAUUGGAGCCAGUUGAUAUUUAUGCUGUUGAUCCAAUUGCUGAGACAAAUACAAAUAAUGUUUAUUCAUCGCUCACGCCAUAUAAGCAUGAGGAGGAUAAUAAUUUUAAGCACGAGAAUGAUUCACAUGGAAAUAAUGAGGAGCAAAGUAAUAGUAAUAAUUCAUUGUUGUCGAACACAAAACGAUCGUUGCCACAUAAAAAGCGAAUAACGAGAAAAUUGAAGCAACCAAGUAAAAAGAGUCUCACUAAAAAGGAAAUAAACAAAAGUCCCGAAUUGACAGUGCCGGAAAUUGUUAAUGAGACAAUGCAAAUUCCAAAUUUUAAGUGUCAAUUGUGUACAUGUCGCUUUUCGAAUCAAUUGAAGUUUUUCGAACAUCUCAAGACUCAUUAUGAACCGUUAAAGAAAGAAACGAGUAUUAAGCAAAUUGAGGUGAAAAGUAAUGUUAAAACGAUUCAACCAAUUGUGGAGGAAAAUGUUGUAGAAGAAUUUAGUGAAUCUGAAGAUUUAAUGGAAGGCAUUCGAGGCGUUGUUGAAGAAACAGGAGCACGAAUUGAUUUUGAGACAGAUGAGGAUCCAUUACCGUGCGGUAAUGACUUAAAUUGGCCGAGCCAUCAGCAAAUGAAAAAUUUAGAUGAUAUCACAAGAAAAAAUGUAGUCAAUAAUGAUAAGAAUAAUGUCAAUUCGGAGAAAAAUGUGAACAUUCCAAAAGCACCGGCGAAAAAGGAACGAAAAAGAAGUCAAAAAAAUCGCGAGGAUCAUACGUGCAAACAUUGCAAGCGUUACUUUAAUUAUAAGAAUAGUUUAAUUUAUCACAUGAGAUCGCACAGUGGUGAAAGACCACAUCAAUGCGAUGAAUGCGGCAAAAGUUUUUUCGCAGCAAGCGCAUUGAAGGUGCACAAACGUCUACACAGCGGCGACAAGCCAUAUAAAUGCGAGGAUUGUGGCCGAAAAUUCCGUCAAUGGGGCGAUUUAAAAUAUCAUUCAACGAGCAUUCAUUCCGAAUUACGACAAUUUCAAUGUGAAUAUUGCGGCAAGGAUUUUGCCCGUAAAUAUUCAUUGAUUGUCCAUCGGCGGAUACACACGGGCGAAAAGAAUUAUCGCUGUGAAUAUUGUAAUAAAACAUUUCGUGCCAGUAGUUAUUUGCAGAAUCAUCGGAAAAUACACACGGGAGAGAAGCCACAUCCGUGUACAAUUUGCGGUAAACCAUUUCGUGUGCGUAGCGAUAUGAAGAGGCAUAUGCAAACACAUACACGUGGCAAAGGCGACAAAGCGGGAAAUAAUAAAACAUCAGCUUCGUCAUCGACAUCGACAACGACAACAACGUCGACGACAACGACGACAAGUUCCACGACAAGUUCGACCACAAGUUCAACGACAGUGGCGACGAUGACAAAAUCAAAAAUUGUACAGCAACAGCAGCAGCAACAGAGUAUUAAGGGCAGUACGAUAGCGAGGCCGAAAACAAUUCAAGAUCUUGUUGAUGAAUUGAAAUUGGAAGUUGAACCGGCGAGUAUUGGACGUUAUGAGCAGGUUGCGUUGGUUGCGCCUGAGGAUAAUCACGAAAGUAUUUUGCCGCAUGCGGCGACGGCGAAUUUGGAGUAUGGACCGGCGAAUAAUCAGGAAACUGUUGGCAGGGAACUCGAGCCGACAAUUCGAAACUCGGAUAAUUUUCACUUUCUCUUCAUGUGAAGAAAUUGAAAAAGAAGGAAGAAAUACGAGACUCAACUAGCAAGAAAAUAAAAUACAAGUAUAGCAAUAAUAAUAAUUAUUAUAAAACAAAAAAACAAAAAAAACAAGCAAAUACAUGGAGAACAAUUUUCAUUUUUAAGAGAAUUUUGUAAAUAUUAACAAAAAAAACUCCAAAACGACUGAAGAAACAUUUAUAAUUCACAUCCGCCUAAAUAAGCAAUUUUUUUUUCAUAAUACUAAAUAUAGGAAUUAAAUUAAGUCAAAACAAAAAAUAAUUAAAAUUCAUGAUGUUAACAUCGAUUA